GAGGUAAGGCAAUAAAUAGGCCAGAGGCCAAAUGACAAGUUGAUCUCGCAAAUGGGCCAUUUGUUUAUUAUUUAAAAUGUUAUUUCACCUUUAUUUAACCAGGUAGGCUAGUUGAGAACAAGUUCUCAUUUGCAACUGCGACCUGGCCAAGAUAAAGCAAAGCAGUGUGACACAGACAACAACACAGAGUUACACAUGGAGUAAUCAAUAAACAUGCCAAUAACACAAUAAACACAUCAAUGACACAGUAGAAAAAAUAAAGUCUAUAUACAGUGUGUGCAAAAGGCAUGAAGAGGUAGGCAAUAAAUAGGCCAUAGGAGCGAAUAGUUACAAUUUAGCAGAUUAACACUGGAGUGAUCCUCUGACCAAUUUUCAUCACUCAAACUCUCCUGUCGGAUUUAUCUACAGUUAUGCACAUGCGCAAAGGGGAUUUAUUUACAAUUAUAAACCUGGUUCGAGCACUUAAUGCUGAUUGGAUGAACGCCUUGGUAUAUCAGACCAUAUACCAUGGGUAUGACAAAAAAAUACUUUUUAUUGUUCUAAUUACGUUGGUAACCAGUUUAUAAUAGUAAUGAGGCACCCCAGGGUUUGUGGUAUAGGGUCAAUGUACCACGGGCUAAUGGCUGUAUCCAGGCACUCCGCGUUGCGUCACGCUUAAGAACAGCCCUUAGCCGUGGUAUACAGUGCAUUCGGAAAGUAUUCAGGCACCUUGACGUUUUCCCCAUUUUGUUACGUUACUGCCUUAUUCUAAAAUUGAUUCAAUUGUGACUCCUUGCGGUGGGCUGGGCGCCUGCAGGCUGGACGUUUUUUCCUCAGUUGAACGGUGUUUCCUCCAACACAUUGGUCCAGAUGGCUUCCGGGUUAAUCGUGCGGGUGUUAAUUAAGAAGCGUGGUUUGGCGGGUCAUGUUUUAGAGUAUGCCUGACUUGACCUUCACCUCUUCCGAGCCCAUUGGGGAGUUGCGACGAGACAAGAUCACAAAAUUGGGGAGAAAAAGUGGGUAAAAAAAUAAAUAAACGGAAACAUCACAUUUACAUAAGUAUUCAGACCCUUUACCCAGUACUUUGUUGAAGCACCUUUGGCAGCGAUUACAGCCUUGAGUCUUCUUGGGUAUGAUGUAUAUCUGUCUAAAAACAUAAUCUUGAAAAAUACCUAAUUAUGAGAGCAAUUUGAUGUCGAUGCAACAUUCAAAGUUCUAUUAUGUGCUUCAUUUAGUCAAAUUUCUCAUAAAAACAUAAUGUCUGUCAGUUUUAUUUUGUUAGGGGUAAUAAGUCUUACUGCCAGUGACGGCUAAGGAGGAAGAAGUGUGGAGAACACAAAAUGGCAAGUAGGGCUCCUCCCUCCCUCGGGGAGACCCACCAUCGGUCAGAGAUGAAGAUUGUGCUAAUUGGGGGAAGACAGAUGUGGGAUAUAGAAGCCAGCGGGAAGAGUUCAAUAGGAAACACCAUCCUGGGCAGAGACAUUUUUGAGACAGGAAGAAGAACUGCCCAAUGUGUGAGCGGACAACGCUAUGUGUAUGGGAGGCAGAUAACUUUGAUUGAUACCCCAGGCUGGUGGUGGGGUUAUCCUGUAGAUAAUACUCCCAAAUUGGAUCAAUUGGAAAUCAUGAGAAGUGUAUAUCUAUGUCAUCCUGGACCCCAAGCCUUUCUCUUGGUCAUUCCCGUGGACACCGUUUUUCCCAACAUAUUCAAAAGAUCGUUACAGGAACACCUGGAGCUAUUCAAUGAUAGAGUCUGGAGACACACUAUUGUACUGUUUAGUACAAUCACUCCCCCCAAUGACAUACGUUUACAGAAACACAUAAGCGUUUGGCCGGAUCUUCAAUGGCUUAUUAAGAAGUGUGGGAACAGGUAUCAUGUUUUGAAUGUCAAUAACAGGGGUGAUGACACCCAGGUCACAGAGCUGCUGGAGAAGAUAGAAGAAAUGGUGGCAGGAAACGAUGGCAAUCAUUAUGAGGCAAACCAAGCUCUGUCUGAAGAGCUGGAAGAGAAGAGAUUAGCAGUGAUUGAAGUAGCCAAACGGAUGAUGGCUAAGGUACAGAGACAAAGGACCAGACUCAGAGCGCUGAUCAAAGGAGAGGCAACUAGCCCAACAUACCUCAGGCUUGUGAUUGUUGGGGCACAAUGGGCUGCCAGGAGCUCAGCAGGAAACACCAUUCUGGGGGAAGGUGUGUUUGAUGUUGCUGAUAAUACAAGAAGAACAGUGCACUGUGUGACAAGACAUGGUGAAGUAGCAGGGAGGCAGCUUACGGUGGUUGACACACCAGGCUGGCACUACAAUAGUUCUCUACAGAACACCUCCAAGAUGGAUAGAUUUGAGAUAGUGCACAGUGUGUUUCAAUGUCCUCCAGGACCCCAUGCGGUCCUUCUGGUGGUUCCAUUUGCAACAGCAUUCAACAAAUCAUAUGAGAGAGCUGUUGAGGAGCACAUGGGUCUCCUCACAGAUGCAGUCUGGAAGCACACGAUUGUGCUCUUCACACGAGGAGACUGGCUGGGAGACACAACUGUUGAGCAGCGCAUUGCGAGUGAAGGGAAGGGUCUUCAGUGGCUCAUUGAGAAAUGUGGUAACAGAUACCAUGUUUUUGACAACAAGAAUCGAAGUGAUGCAACACAGGUAAUCGAGCUGCUGGAGAAAGUAGAGGAGAUGGUGGCAGAAAACAGAGGUUGUCCUUAUGAAAUUGACACAGAUGUUUCAGCAGACUUGGAACAGAAAAAGAGGGCUGGAAAAGAAAGAGCUCAAAAGAUCACAAUGAAGGUGCAGAGACAAAUGACGACACUCAGAGAACUGUUUAAAGGGGAGGAACAAAUAUUCUCUGAGGAUGAGUUGAGAAUUGUACUUGUUGGGAGAAGAGAGGCUGGGAAGAGUGUGGCAGGAAACACAAUACUGGUUGGAGAGUUGUUUCCGACAGCUUUGACCAAGGAAUUCAGAAUUCAAAACAGAACUAUGCAGUGUGUAAUGCAACAAAAGAGAGUUGCUGGGAUGAAGCUCAAAGUUGUAGAUACACCAGGCUGGUGGAAGAGAACCCCACAGGAUGCACGAGAUUGGGUUCAAGAUGAAGUGGUGCGCAGUGUGUCUCUCUGUCCACCUGGCCCCCAUGCUUUUCUUCUGGUCAUUCCCAUUUCUGCACCAUUUUCAGAGGGAGACCUCAAAGCAGUAGAGGAGCACCUUGGGCUAUUAACUGAGAAAGUCUGGAGACACACAAUGGUGCUGUUCACCUGGGGAGAUUGGCUAGGAGACAGAGCCAUUGAGGAAUAUAUUGAGAGAGAAGGAGAGGCACUCCAACAACUUGUUGAAAAAUGUGGGAACAGGUAUCAUGUAAUGAACUGCCGUGGCUGGGAUGAUAGCUCUCAGGUCACAACACUGUUGAGGAAGGUAAAGGAGAUGGUUGUACGUAACAAAGGGCACAAUUUCACGAUUGAACAGAAGAGUAGGCAGAAGCCAAUGCUUCACUGGUUAGCAGGAAAGGGCAUGAUGACCGAAGAGGAAUGGAACAGGAGAGAAGAGGAACUCAUAGAGCGGAUGUUGAAGGCAGUGGUGGUAGAACCAGAGGACUCCAAACUGCCAUUUGUACAGGGGAAGGAAAGCAUUGAUUUCUUCAUCCCCAGCAUGAGCUGUGAGACUCCCUCUGAAGUUGGGAGUUCCUACAUAAAUUAUGGAGCACAUGCCAAGGUGUCUGAAUGGAGAGUGAAGUAUGCUGGGAGAUCUGCUGCAUCCUCUGGGCACGGCACUAUGAGUUCAGCAGUCAGUUAUAUGGGCGAAUCUCUGGACCGAUGGGAGAAUCUAGUCAAGGAGAGUCUGGGGGACGGCAAGAUAAGGGCAAGGAUGUUGGAUAGUCCUGCAAAGUCAGAGGCCCACACUUAUGGGGUGAAAACCAAACGUAGGAAUUCACAUUGAGCAUAGUUCAAAAUGACAAUACUAAGAGUAAAAAGUAAUACCUACUUUUGAGAAAAUACAUAACACAUGUACUGUUCAUGGAACAAGCUCUUGCCUUGGCUUGACACAUCUGGGGCAUAAUAUCAGGACCUCCUCCGAGAAUUGCCAUAAGCAAAUGUUCUUGCAGGAUAUUUCAGCUUUGUCAUGGGAGUUUCUUGAUGUUCUUCUUUUUAGUUGAAGAUGGUGGCAGAUUACUUGUAUCUUUCCAUGUAUUUGUGUACAUAUACCCUGAGUGUACAAAACAUUAGGAACACCUGCUCUUGGUUUCACCAGGUGAAUCCAGGGGAAAGCUGUGAUCCCUUACUGAUAUCACUUGUUUAAUCCACUUAAAUGAGUGUAGAUGAUCAGUAGGAGACAGGUAAAGAAGGAUUUUUAAGCCAUUUGAAGCAUGGAUUGUAUAUGUGUGCCAUUCAGAAUGGGCAAGACAAAAGAUUUAAGUGCCUUUGAACGGGCAUGGUAGUAAGUGCCAGGCACACCGGUUUAUGUCAAAUACUGCAACACUGCUGGGUUUUUCAGGCUUAAGAGCUUCCCAUGUGUAUCAAGAAUGGUCCACCACCCAAAGAACAUCCAUCCAACUUGACACAACUGUGGGAAGCAUUGAAUCAACAUGGGCCAGCAUCCCUGUGGAACACUUUCGACACCUUGUAGAGUCCAUGCCACAACGAAUUGAGGCUGUUCUGAGGGCAAAAGAGGGUGCAACUCAAUAUUAGGAAGGUGUUCCUAAUGUUUGGUAUACUCAGUGUACAUUAUCAAGUCAAACCAAUUAACAAAUGAUAUGUUGAACAGAUAUGUAUGUGACUACUAUAUACUACUAUUCUACUAUUAUGACUCUUUCAACAUGCCACUGAAAAGAUUGAGAGCUGCAAUGAAUUGUGUUCCUAAUGUUUUGUACACUCAGUGUAUGUUGACAGAGAUGGGCAGUAUUUCUGUUACAUGUAUUUGAAAUAUGUAUUUCCAUUAACUUUGUGUAUUCCGUCAUUUAUAUUUCACUGGCCUCAACAAGAAUUAGAUUAGUUUUGUAACAAUAAACUUUAGAGAUCUGUAUUUUUGUAUUUUCAAAAUAUAAAAUACUUCUCUAUUAAAAAAUGUUUUAUCCACAACUUUGUGGCCCUAAAUGUAAAUGAGCACUUGCAAAGCACACAUGGUAUUAUUUUAAUGAGCUCCGUACCCAAACAAGCAAGAGGCUUGACUCCACCCUAAAAUCUGGCUGUGCAAAAUUAUAGCGUUAAUCAGUGGAAGUGGGGAUUUGGAGGUCUAUGAGUUAGUCGAAUUUGGUCAAAAUAAAAUAUAUUGCUAAUUUGCUAUGUGAGGCUUAUUUGAUCGAAUAUGCAUUUUUUUAUGUGUAGGUUCUAAAAAAUGUACUCAUAAACAGUCAGGUUCACAAUUAUUGGCACCCUUGAUAAAGAUGAGCAAAAAAGACUGUAUGAACUAAAUAAUACAAAUACUGAAGCAAAAACAAAAAGUGAUAUAUAUUAUUUGAAAGUAAUACAAAUGCUCAGAGAAAAAUAUUUUGUAAUAUAGUAAUAAAAAAAUCUAAAAAAUAUGACCCCUGUUUUCAAUUAUUUCAGUACCGCACCUUGCGAGGAUAAUGGCACUGAGCAUUUUUAUCAAAUGUUUUCUGAAAUUGGAGAACACAUUGGGAGGGAUCUUAGACCAUUCCUUCAUAGAGAAUCUUUCUAGAUCCUUGAUAUCCAUCAUAUGGUAUAAUGAACUUCCCACCGGGGGCUGUGUGUUUGUUUGAGUGAGAAAGGCCUAGCAGAACCAAACAGUAAAACAUAACAUCCCCUUUAUUAUCAAUGCAUCAUGCAGUUUUUCAUGCAGACAACAUCAAAAGAGCCGUUCUAGAUUCUGAAGUCAGGAAACUUCGAGUUAGGUGGUAUCCAGACUAGAGGAAACCAGGUUUUUGCUAAAAUGUCCGGGUACUUGGUAAAGUUCAUGAUGCUGCUGACCUUAACAUGGGUCCCAGGAUCAGUGGAGGCAAAAUAGCCCCAUAACAUAAAAGAUGCACAUGUUUCAGUUUUUCGACGCCAAACCUACCACUGGUGUGUGUGGCUAAUGAGCUUUAUUUUCAUGUCAUCUGACCAUAGCACCAGUUUCAAACCAAGUGCCAAUGCUGUUUAGCAUUCCAGGCGGUGCUAUGGUCAGAUGAUACGAAAAUAGAGCUCUUUGACCACACACACACUAGUGGUGGGUUUGGCAUCGAAAAAACGUAAGUAAAAUCUUUGUUAAAAUACAAAUUGUUUGGGGCAGAGCUCAUUAGAAUAGUUCUCAGUUUGCACAUUUACAUUUAGGUAAUUUAGCAGACGCUCUUAUUAAGAGCAACUGAGGUUGAUAAACAACCUCAUAAAACAGUCAUAACAAGUCAAACGUUUAUGUAACCUUUACUGAGAAUGUAGUUGUAGUUUGGGGGCUACUUGCAGUGGUAGUUUUGGUGUUUUAGUUAGAUACAUUACUUGGCAAAAGUAUCUUUGCCCAUCUCUGUAUAUUUAUUGUUGUUUUUUAUGUCCCUUUUGUAUGGUGUUUUGGACCAAAUGACUAACUUUUUGGGGAUAAUAAAGUUAAAGAUAUGCUUUGGAA